CACAUUUACAGAUCAUGAUUUCAGGGUUCAACAAUUACCAGACUAUCUCUUCUUGUUAAAUAUCUUACUUCUAUGGAAUACCAGCCAAUGAACUGAUAAAAUUUGUUCUUAAAACUAGAAUGUUUCAAGCACCAGUGUACAUGGAGUCAGUGUCAGUAAAACUGUCAGAGGUUCUUUCUGAUAUAGGUGUAGAUGAAAAGACUGUACUUAAGAGAAGAAGAGCAGCUUUACUGAUUGAAUCUAUGGAAAAAAUAAUAUCUGAACAACUGGAUGACCAAGUUGUCUUAUAUAAUGUUGGCAGUCAGUCAGAGGGCACGACAACAGUGGGUCUUAAAUCAGACGGUGACCAAAUAGCCUGUACCGAUUUCUAUAAUGUGAUACAAGAUAGAAAUGACAAGAAACAAGGUGUACACAAUUUUCUGAUGAUCCAGGAUGAUACUGUAUCACCUGGCUAUUGUCUUCUUCUGAGAAAUGAUACUCUACUUCCUGCUGAGGCACGUAAUAAAUAUUUUUUCAACAAAUUUUUGUUAAAGAAUGAAUUCUUGUCUAAAGCUGGAGCUACUGUCUUACAGAGAGGAAUAAGACACGGUCCAGCAAAUACAAUACAAGGAAAACCUGGGAUGUGCGAUAAGGACCAUGUUUUUGCUUUUCACUCUAAAUCAUGGCCUCUACAAGCAAGACAGUGGUUAAACUGUCAAGGUGUAGGUCAGUGGCCUUCAGCUGAAAUGAGAAGAUACUGUGGCAGUACAGGGUUUUUCCUUGUUGGUGUUGGCAGCAAGGGCAGUAAACAUGAGGAAUUUGAAUGGAGAAUAUCAACAUCCCUAGCAGAAAGACACUUGAUGUUCAGUCUCAAUAUAACACAGAUUCAAUGUUACGUCUUGAUGAAGAUAAUACUGAAAACAUUUAUCAAGCCAUACUUUGAAGACACCAUUUCAAGUUACAUGUGUAAAACAGUUAUGUUUCACUGUAUUGCAAAUACACAUUCUAACAUCUGGAGAGAAAACAACAUACUUGGGUGCCUAUCAUUGUGUUUAUUUGUCCUACACAACUAUAUUCUGAAUGAAAACUGUCCACACUUUUUCAUACCUGAAAACAAUUUGAUGAAAGGGAAAAUAUCACACACGGAUAAACCUUACAUUCUACAAAAACUAUGUCAUGUUGUAACUGAUAGAUGUACAGCAUUACUAGAGAUUGAGUGUGAUGAUCUUGGUUCAAGGCUUCAGGCUAAAAUGAAUAAUUCAAGCUCAUUCAAACCAAGUGAUUCUCUUUCAGGACAUCUAUUAUUAGCACUUGCAAGAAACAUUGAUGGUAGGAAAUAUUUUCUCUCUACAAUCAGGAACAAUAAUAAAGAAGCUGUACAAACACUGUGGACGUUUAUUUUAAACUUAGCGGAUAUUUCUAAUCAAUGUGAAGAAGUUGACAAAACAGCCUGCCGUCUUUUUGCACAAAUGCUUUGUACAUUCCUUGGAACUGCCCUAGCAUCCCGCAACAUUCAUUUGUACAGUAAAAUAUCAGCAGAAGCUGUUGCCUGGAUCCGCCUUGGUUUGGACACAGAUGUUUCAUCUGGUAAACUGAAGCUAGCAUCAAUCUACUACUGUACAGGGGAUACUUGGAAAACAGAAAUGACACUUAAGAAUAUUGAAAGAAGCUAUGACCUAAACACUGUUGAGCCUGUUUGUGGUUGCCAUUAUUACCAAACACUAGUUCCAAGAAAAGGAUUUCUUGCAAUAUCUAAUGAUCAUAAUGAAGAAGCUAUACAGCAUAUUACAGCAUUCUGUGUUAAAUUUCUGCCAUAUGAAACAGAAUGUGUUCCACAUGAACUACAGUAUGAAAUGUUUAAAUCUAUGACAGAGGAUCUUGCCUUCAAACCCCCAGACGACUACACGAUAAAAUGGGCUGUGGUUGAUUCUCUCCCAUAUCUCUACUUUCUACAAUACAAGACCUACAAAAGUCUUGGGAGACAAGAUGAAAAGAAAAAAGCACUGUCUAACCUUUUCAAGACUAUUGACCAAGAACCAAAUCUUGGACACAGGGAAACAGCCUUAAAUUUACUAGGACAAUGCAUGGAACAAGAGAACCAGGCUACAGAAGCUUUGCGCUGUUAUAUAAGAUCUUUAAACCUAAGGGAGAGAAACAAUGUUGCAAAGAUCCAUAUUUGUAGACUUUUAUCAAGUUUUCUAAGUAACAAGUAAACAGCAAAGAGAAGCAGACUGGUUGCCAAAUGAUAGACACUAAUUUGUAUAUUUUGGCAGUAUUCUACUCGUCACAGUUCUGAACAUCAGAACAAAUUUCACCUUAUACUUAGAAACAAGGCUUGUUUUUUAAAGGGGCUUAGAAAAAGGAUACCUGAUAUUUGUCUUUUUGCAUCAUGACAGUAGAUGAAAUCAGCAACUGAUUUUUUCAUCAUAAAAGUCGAGUGAAAUCGGAAACAAGACCUCAAGUGCACAACUUCACAUGCUGAGUAAUAUCUCUAUAAUGGCUUCAUUAUUCAAGGUCAAAUACAUUUUUUGAGAUACCUGCUACACAAACUGUCUGCAUUCUUUUUCCUGAGACAUAGGCGAUAACUCUGGUCUGACUUUAAGUGAAAAGCCAAACAAAACCCCAUGUGCAAUCUUUACAUGCUGAAAAAUGGUCCUAUGAUGGCCGAAAGUUUUUUUGAGAUAUGCCCAACACAAAUCUAAACAGACUGACAGACAAAUGGAUAGAUGUAUGGACAGAAAUACAGACCAAGGUUAAUCUUUUUUUUUUUUCUUUUUUUGGAUUUAACAUGACACAUGAUAGGUCAUAUGGCAACUUUCCAGCUUUAAUGGUGGAGAAAGAAAGACCCCAGGUGUCCCCCCAUGCAUUAUUUCAUCAUAAGCGGACACCUGGGUAGAAUUACAUACCUUCCGUAAGCCAGCUGGAAGACUUCCUCACAUGAAGAAUUAGAUAUGACCAUCCCUGCCUCCCAAAAAUUUAAGUGGGACCAAAAUAUGAUAUUACCUCAUAUACCAUGGUACCAGUGUAAUCAUACAGCUAUUCAUAUAGUGGUUUCAUGCAAAUCUGAACUAUUUUAAUCAAUCUACUGACUUGUAAAGUCAGUGCAACUGUGCUCAGUGGGAAACUAAGUGAAUUGCUAAUUCUUAAAAUAUGCCUGUGCUGGUUUCUUAACACUCAUACUUGAAUAGCUGCUUGUGGACUUGGAACUGUAUUUAUUUUUGAAAUCUAUUGGGUCCCUCAGAGCACAGUUGAUUUUGCGUAAUUAUACACUGGAAACAGAAUUCCACAGAAAUUUGCAUUAUAAAAACUUAGCAAUUAUUAUGACAAAAUCUUCAGUAGUUUAAACAUUUCUAUUGGCUAUGAUCAACUUGAUUAUUUUCUGUUAAACUGCUUUAAUAAAAGAGUGCUGAUUUUAUCUAUGUGCUGAAGUUGCCAACCUGUAACUAUUCUGCUAUCUACUGGACAACAUAAAAGCAUUUCAAUAUGAAGGUGAUCUUCUCUGGCCUUCCUUGGCUUUUUUUAUAUUUGUAGCUUAGACUUAAGCCAACUACAAAGGGUUGUGAAGUUUUGUACAUUGUAAGAUGUAAUUUUGUUGUUAGUUCUACAGUGUAACUUGCUCUCAUGCACGUUAAGUUUAAUACAAAUUUCACAAAUAAUUAGAAACAAUUUUGAAUUUCUUCAUUAAAAUGCUUGUAACCAUUUUUCAAGGAUAUUUUCAACUAUUUACAUACAAAGGAUUUCUGUCUUGA